AUGUCCGACCCCAACACCCUUUCCACAGCAGACUUUGAGCUGGAGGAUGGCCCAGACACUCCCCUUACAGGAGGAGGCACAACGGCCGCUCCUUUUCGCUCCCCUUACCGCUUACCAGCCAGCGAGCAGCUCCGCGGCGUCGCCAACCGUAUCAUCUUCAGCCGCUAUUACAUUCUCUUUUAUUUCGUCAUGAUGAGUCUCAGUCUGACAACUGUCGUGCUCAGCCUGAUUGCUACAAGCCAGCACCAGUGCCCACCCUUUGCCUGGAACGUACUCGAGGUUAUCAUCAACAUUCUCAUGGUCGCCGAGGUGUCGACGAGGUGGAUUGCCUACGGCAAGAAAUAUCCAAUGACUCUCCUCAACAUUGUCGACUUGCUUCUCGUCCUCUUUUGCGUCGUAACCCUCCUCCUCGUUUUUGUGAAUCCAUGCGGCGAGGGCACGCACAAUGAAGAACUUUUGGAUACUAUCCUACUGGUCAUUCGCAACGCCGUCCAGUUCUUGCGCCUAGGCAACAUUCUCAGGCGCUCGGGCCACUCCAUUUUGAAGCCUCCCAAGCCGAUGGACCUCACUCAAGCCCGUGCUGCAUCAAUUGCUCUCGAGAUGGACCUGGACCUCGACGAUGAAGAGGCUGUUGCUGAGAGAACUCUUACCAGCGGCCGUGUCCGCGGCGGGUUAUACCAACCGAUCUACGCGGACGAACCACGAACCCAUUCCCCAUCUCCCUCCGCCCUGACGGCAACAUCCAACGUUGCGUACAAUGCAGGGAGGGAAGAACUUGGAGAGGAAGAUCAGGAGAUGUGGGACCGCUUCCACUAG